GUCAUGUAUGUGUCAUAUAGUAACUGUAGUAUUAUAUAUUAUAUAGUAUUAUAGUACAUGGUCAGUAGUAUUAUAGUAGUUCAGUAUAGUAACUGUAGUAUUAUAUUAUUUUAUCAUGUAUUAUUACAUUAUGUAGUAUUCUUAUAGUCCGUGUCUCAGUGGUCAGUUCCGUUUCAGUGUCUGGAAACAACGUCAGCGUGCCAUUACGCAUCUGGAGAGCGCGCGCUCCAGCGGCAGCCAGAUCCCCGGAGGAGGAGGAGGAUGAAGAGGAUGAAGAGGAUGCUGAUGGUGCUGAGGAGCGCGUGAAGCCGUUCUCUUGGCGUGCCGCUGCCUCUUGAGGAUUUCCUCUGUGGAUGAUGGAUGUGAUGGAGGAUUACAGCUGUUCUUCUUCCUCCUGAGAGAGAGAGAGAAGGAGGGAGAGAGAGAGAGGGAGAGAGAGAGAGGGAGAGAGAGAGGGAGAGAGAGAGAGAGAGAGAGAGAGAGGGAGAGAGAGAGAGAGAGGGAGAGGGAGAGAUGGGGGACCGUGACCAGCGGACCCGGAGACUCGGGAGUCUCACGACCAAGUCCCGGGUCUCCAAGGAGACGAAGCUCCGGCUGCGCGUGAUCUUUCUGGAUGACAGCGAGCGCACGUUCGAGGUGGAGCAAAAGGUUUUAGGAGGCGACUUCUUCAACAAAGUGUGUGGUCAUCUGAAGCUGCUGGAGAAGGAAUACUUUGGACUGGAGUUCAGACACCACAGCGGCAACUACGUUUGGUUGGAGCUGCUGAAGCCGCUGGCCAAACAGAUUAAAUACAGCAGCGACCUUUUCUUCAGGUUUAUAGUCAAGUUCUUCCCACCUGACCCGGGUCAGCUGAAGAGAGGCCUCACCAGGUAUCUUUUUGCCCUACAGAUAAAGCAGGACUUGUCUAACGGCAGUCUGACCUGUAAUGACAACAGCGCCGCCCUGCUGGUCUCUCACAUAUUACAGUCAGAGUUAGGGGACUACGACGAGGAGCUGGACUGUCACCAUUUAGAGAUGAAGCAGUACGUCCCCAACCAGGAAUAUCUCGACCACAAGAUCAUCAAGUUCCACAAGAAACACAGAGGCGUGUCUCCGGCAGACUCGGACAUCCACCUGCUGGAGGUGGCGAGGAAGCUGGACAUGUACGGGAUCAGGCCUCACCCGGCCCACGACGGAGAGGGGAUGAGGAUCAACCUGGCCGUCACGCACUCGGGAGUACUGGUCUUUCAGGGAAACACUAAAAUCAACACCUUUAGCUGGGCGAAAAUCCGCAAGCUGAGCUUCAAACGCAAACAUCUCCUCAUCAAACUACACGACAAAGUCGGGCCGUCGUGUAAGGACACGCUGGAGCUUUCCAUGGCCAGUCGCGACGUAUGUAAAUCGUUCUGGAAGAUGUGCGUGGAGUACCACGCCUUCUUCCGCCUGGCCGAGGAACCGAAGGCGGUGCCCAAAACGCUGCUGUCCUGUAAAGGCUCCAGCUUCAGAUACAGUGGACGGACGCAGAAACAGCUGCUGGAGUGUAUGGGAUCAGGGGGAAAGAAGCCCUCACAUUUUGAGAGGACUUAUUGUCAGUCGGACUUCGAUCCCAGACAGUGUCGAUCGUCCCCUGAUCUCCUCACCGACGUCUCCAAACAACUGUACGAGCACUCGCAUCCCUUCCCUCGGUCGAGCCGUGCCUUGGCGGUCCGCAGUGAGGACGAGUUGGACCCACAUCACGGAGGCAUAGACGACAUGGAACUCGGAGGAGGCGGGGCUAAACGAAGCCGAUCGUCUGUCGAGGUCGCCCGGGGGUCCCGCCCUUUUACUCAAGUCACUCCCCUCUCUCCUUCUCUCCACCAAUCAACCGCCUCUCCGAAGAUGAGAUCGGCCUCGACAUCCGUGAUGGAGGACAUGAGGGGCGCACGCAUCGGGGCGCAGCGCCAGGCCCAAAGGUUAGCCGGGGUUUACGGCAACCGGUCGCGACGUCGGCCCAAUCCCCAGCCGCACCCGGACGCCGCACAGCAGUUGGUUCUUCUUUACCCAAACAGUCCUGCCUACCAGUACCACCCAAUCCUGCCAACGUUCCCAUUAGCUGGGUCCUCGCCGCUCAACCGACACCCUUACUUGACGGACUAUGUUGCCGUUUCUUCCCUGGAGCGUUUCCCGCACGCAAGGAGGCGGGAUUAUGUGACAAUGGAUAGCAUAGCGCGGCCAUCUUUCUACCCGCUGGGCCACGACUCGCCGUCUCUUUCGCCAAUCAGGAGGACUCUCCGCCCCUCUGGCUCAGGAGGGCUGGGAUUGGCCAGGGUUUACCAGCCAGGAAGCAACGGAGCGAGGCUCUUGGGUGUCGGACAUACCGAGGCGGGGCAUUACAGCGACGACUCCAACUUCCUCCCGGGGCUGCCUCGCCGCGUAGCCAGCCAACCAGAUGUCAAGUUCCACCUCUCAAGGAGUUCAAACCCUGGCUUCAACCCCGCCUCCGAGUUUCGUCCCCUUGGUUACUACCCCCACCUGACACGCCCCUCCAGACCCACCUACCUCCCGCUAAACUCCUCCCCUCUGCCCGAACGCCCCACCUCGCUCUGCAUGUUCGGAGGAACCUCUGGGAGCUACAGCGACUCGGACCCAGAGGUUUUCUACCCAUACUACUGCCCGCCACCCCCGCUAGGGAGGGUGGCGCGGUCCGCUGGACUGGCCAGGAUGAGGUUUUCCUCCGGGAGCCUCCAACUGGAUGAGGAGGAGGAAGAAGAGGAGGAGGAGGAGGAAGAGGACGACGGAGCAGCGAAAGAGAAAGCGACAAAGGACUUAAAGGACGAAGGGGAGAACAAAGAGAAGACAAGAGGCGAGAGUAAAGGUGCUGCGAAGAUCACAGAAGUCACACUGUAGACGGACACGAAAACGUCUUACAACAUGGAAACGGUGCAAAGGUUCAUGAUGUGAUCACAUUCAAAACUGGACGACCACAAGACGAUGGUGAUAAAUGUGUUGGUUUUGUAUGUAAGAGAGGUGCGUCGUUGUUGAGGUUUACUGGCAGAUGAAAUGUACUGUUUUUGCCUUGUUUUGGUUAAAACCUCACAUUAUGGGUUUAAAUUUACAAAAUUUUGAGUAUUAAUAACCGGAACAAUUAUGUAAUUAAGUAGCACUUCUAGCCAAACAAGGUCAAACAAGCCGAACUAGCCUCAGCUGUAGCAAUAGAGGGUGUUGUUGCUGCACCGAUACUUUAUUUUUACUGACACCAAGAAGCAUGGCGGCACGGGGUUUUUAAAGCUGUUCGUUGGUAGGAAUCAGGUGUUAACCAGGACCUGGUUCCAACCAUCACCCACGGUCACGAGCUUUGGCUUUAGCGCUCGAGCAGAGCUUCUUCUGCCUCAUGGUGAAGUGGUACAGUCUUUGCGGUUCAGACGUCGGAUCAGGUUACACAUCCCGGGGCGCCUUCUUCCUUAGGGGUAGACCAGAACGUACUGGAGAGAUUAUAUAUCUCACCUGGCGAGGGAAUGCCUCGGAGAAAGGUUACAGAGGUGAGGAACAUCUGGACUACCUCGCUUAGCCAGCCUCUUGCCUAAAUGGAUGAUGGAUGGAUGGAUGGGUUGGUUUCUGUAGCUCUGGCUGUAGGAUCAAUCUGGUAUGAUAACAUCGCUAAAAUAAAAUUAAAAAUAGGAUGUGGCGAGAAACGAGAGGUCAGAUGAUCAGAAAGGUUGAAAUCAACCAACGGCCAAAGCUACAAAAUAAUUUACUUGUAAUUUACUUUAAUUUCCAUUGUAGUGGAAACGUAUUAAAUCCACUUGACCACAGUUUAAAAUACUUUAAAGACUUUAAUUAAAAGACAUAUUGAGUGUCCUCUCAGUGUGACAGUUUCAUAGGGUUGGGAAACUGAUGUAGUUGGGUAAUGUAUUUGUUAUUCUGUAUGAAUAUGAAUGGUUCUUGUGAAUUCUGUAGAAAAUGUGAACUGAAAGAUUUUUUUUUUGUUUAUAUAAACAGCUGAAUUUGUGAAUAAAGGAU